AUGGCGACUAAUGAUCCGCUUUCUCCCAAAUCCAAUGUAAGUAAGCCAUCUAUUGGUAGGAAAAGAUCAGUAGUUUGGGAUUAUUUUACAAAGAUUCGUACUGAGGAUAAGUCGAAACCUAGGGCUUCAUGUAACCUUUGUGGGAUGACUUAUGCUUGUGAUCCUAAUAUAAAUAGCACAAAAUCAAUGUUAGGACACUUGGAAAAAACAUGUAAGAAGUCUCCACUUAGGAAAGUAGAUAGAAACCAAUCUAUAUUGGGUUUCCAGUCUGGAUCAAGCAGUAGGGGGCUUGUACCUAUUUCUUUUAGUGUUGAGGCGUGUAGAGAAGUUUUAGCAGAAAUGUUGGUUAUUGAUGAGCUUCCUUUUAAACAUGUGGAAGGGGAGGGAUUUAAGAAAUUCAUGCUUGUUUUGCAACCUAAAUGGAAUGUAAUUCCAUUACGUGUAACGGUUGCAAAAGAUAUUUAUAAACUUUAUUUGAUAGAGAAAGACAAUCCGAAAAAUGCUCUUAAAGGGCAGCGCAUUUGUCUAACCACGUAUACAUGGGCAUCUGUGUAA